UUUCCCCGUUCCAGAAAGCCAUGAACGGCGCGACUUCUCGGUUGGCCCGCCGCGUCUUCUCUGCGGGCUCCGCCGGCAUCGCGGCGGCGCGACGAGCACCUAACGGAUCCACGUGGCUGUCUGCGUCGCCGCGCCUGCUUAGCACGGCCGCGUCGGCCGGCGGCGUCCGCGGCGAGGUGACUGCCGCGCCCCACGGGGAGGAGAAGACUGUCGCCAGCUACUGGGGGGUGGCGCCUGCGAAGCUGCUCAAGGAGGACGGCACCGAGUGGAAGUGGAAUUGCUUUAAGCCAUGGGACACGUACUCUUCCGACCUCUCCAUCGACCUGAAAAAGCACCACGUGCCGACCACGUUGGGGGAGAAGAUGGCUCUCGGGCUCGUGAAGGCCCUCCGAGUACCGACGGAUAUUUUCUUCAAUAGGAGGUACGGUUGCCGGGCGAUGAUGCUGGAGACGGUGGCGGCCGUGCCGGGGAUGGUGGGCGGGUUGGUGCUGCACCUGCAGUCGCUGCGGCGGUUCGAGCAGAGCUGCGGGUGGAUCCGGGCGCUGCUGGACGAGGCGGAGAACGAGCGGAUGCACCUGAUGACGUUCAUGGAGUUGGCGAAGCCGCGGUGGUACGAGCGUACGCUGGUGGUGGCGGUGCAGGGCGUCUUCUUCAACGUCUACUUCGCGACGUACCUGCUCUCGCCCAAGCUGGCGCACCGCAUGGUGGGAUACCUGGAGGAGGAGGCCAUCCACUCCUACACGGAGUUCCUCAAGGACUUGGAGGCCGGCGAGAUCGAGAACGUGCCGGCUCCUGCCAUAGCCAUCGACUACUGGCGCCUCCCGGCGGGCGCCACCCUCAAGGACGUCGUCACGGUCGUCCGCGCCGACGAGGCCCACCACCGCGACGUCAACCACUUCGCCUCCGAUAUCCAUUACCAGGGACGUGAGCUGAGAGAGCUGCCGGCUCCGGUCGGCUAUCAUUGAUGAUGGAAGGAUGGAAGGGGCCGCUAUAUAUAUAUAUAUAUAUAUAUUGAUGAUGGAAGGAUGGAAGGGGCCGC